AACAAAAUUGAAUUACAAUCCUCCAAAGGAUGAUGGCUCAACGUACAAGAUUGAACUUGAAGGAAUAUCUGUUGACAUCAUGAAAGAGAUACUAGAUUACAUCUUCAGUGGGCAGAUCAGGCUAAAUGAAGAAACUAUCCAAGAUGUGGUACAGGCAGCUGAUCUCCUGCUGCUUACAGACUUAAAAACUCUCUGCUGUGAGUUUUUAGAAGGUUGCAUAGCUGCUGAGAACUGUAUUGGUAUUCGGGACUUUGCACUGCAUUAUUGUUUGCAUCAUGUUCACUACCUUGCCUCAGAGUAUCUGGAAACUCACUUUCGAGAUGUCAGCAGCACAGAGGAAUUCUUGGAACUGACUCCUCAAAAACUGAAAGAAGUGCUGUCGAUGGAAAAGCUUAACGUUGGAAACGAAAGAUACGUCUUUGAAGCGGUGAUUAGGUGGAUUUCUCAUGAUUCAGAAUCGAGAAAGGUUCACAUGAAGGAUGUCAUGUCAGCAGUGUGGGUUUCGGGCUUAGACGCAGCGUAUUUACGUGAGCAGAUGAUGAGCGAACCACUGGUACGGGAGAUCGUCAAAGAGUGCAACAACAUUCCCCUCACGCCGCCCCAGCAGGGAGAGGCGAUGCUGGCCUCCUUCAAGCCUCGGGGUUACUCGGAGUGUAUAGUGACUGUCGGUGGAGAAGAGCGAGUAUCACGGAAACCAACCUCAGUGAUGCGGUGUAUGUGUCCUCUUUAUGAUCCCAAUAGACAGCUCUGGAUUGAACUUGCUCCUAUGAGUAUUCCAAGGAUCAAUCAUGGAGUGUUGUCAGCAGAAGGAUUUUUGUUUGUGCUCGGUGGUCAGGAUGAAAACAAGGGAACACUAAGCUCUGGAGAGAAAUACGAUCCAGAUACCAAUUCAUGGAGUUCCUUACCACCAAUGAAUGAGGCACGACAUAAUUUUGGUGUGGUAGAGAUUGAUGGAAUUCUGUAUAUUCUGGGAGGCGAGGAUGGGGAACGGGAGCUAAUCUCUAUGGAGAGCUAUGAUAUCUAUAGCCGGACUUGGACCAAGCAGCCAGACUUGACCAUGGUUAGGAAGAUUGGCUGCUAUGCAGCUAUGAAGAAGAAAAUCUAUGCAAUGGGUGGAGGCUCCUAUGGAAAACUCUUUGAAUCUGUUGAGUGUUAUGACCCCAGGACUCAGCAGUGGACAGCAAUCUGUCCUCUGAAAGAGAGGAGAUUUGGGGCAGUGGCCUGUGGAGUUGCCUCUGAGCUUUAUGUAUUUGGUGGAGUCAGGAGUCGUGACGACAGUCAAGCCAGUGAGAUGGUGACGUGCAAAUCUGAAUUUUAUCAUGAUGAGUUUAAAAGGUGGAUUUAUCUAAAUGACCAGAACCUAUGUAUCCCAACUAGUUCUUCUUUCGUGUAUGGAGCAGUGCCCAUUGGAGCCAGCAUAUAUGUGAUUGGAGAUCUCGAUACAGGCACAAAUUAUGACUACGUUAGAGAAUUUAAAAGAAGCACGGGAACCUGGCAGCGCACUAAAACAUCGGACCUCCGCCGCACUGGCUGCGCAGCUUUGCGGAUCGCAAACUGCAAGCUCUUUCGACUGCAGCUUCAACAAGGAUUGUUCCGCAUUCGCGUACCUUCUCCGUGA